UAGUGGAAGCCGUCACUGUUUUCUUCGUUCAUUUCAGAAGAAAUUUUCGCAUAGAACUGUGUAAAGUUUUGUGAUUUCUGUAGAUCAAUUCCUCAAUUUUUAUUGAGGGAUUCGCAUUUUUUAGUUCUUGUAUACCUGAACUAAAUUAUCUGGUUUUAUUGUUCAAUAAUAAUAUUCGUAUAGUAAUAGUUGACUGUAAAUGUAAGUAUAUGGCCAUGUCAUCGGAGGAAGAUAUACCCACGCUUUAUGCUGGGGAUUUAGCUCCUCCGAUGGAAGAUGUAAAAAAUUCCUGCCUCAUAGCAGACGAGCAUCGUAGGCUCCUGGAAGAAAAUAACAGACUCGCUGAAGAGAAACGAGCCCUGAUGAAUUCAUUGAUCCUGAUGAAUCAAAAAAUGGAAAAAAUGCAGACCCACUUUUCCUCCAUAUCAUUAAAACAACAGAUCGAAAAAAGGGAGGAAGAUAUACGAGAUUUGCGCAAAAUUCUCAUGGAAGUCGUGGAACAGAAUAAGAAGCUAAAAGACGCCGUGCACGUCUCGGAACAUGCUCGGCAGGAUAUAAAAACAGAGUUUGAAAUUCUGCGAAAAUUGCUGAGUCCGAUAAAGCCCCGCGCUCAGACUCAUACUCAUACUCAGACUGAACUGAUUUCUGAAUCAGAAAUCCACCACGAUUAUCCAGAAAUCGCCCCCAAAGAUCAGCAAAUUGGAGACGAUUUUAAAGAAACCGAGCAAAAUUCAUCCAUGCUUAUUCAAAGAAAUCUGUCACCGUCGACAGAGGUAAGAAUGGAUAUUACCGUAAAAAGCGUACAAGGAAAUCUGUCCCCCACAACUCAAAACGAUUACGGACAAACGGCUGGUCAAAAAUCACUAAUGGAAGGCAAGACCAAGGAGUUUCGCUCCAAGAUACCUCUGUAUCAAAAAAGACGUGCUCAACAUGAUGCCAUGAAAGACAAACCAACAGAUGAGCGAUCGAAUGCGAAUGCUGAAGAAAUAAACAAAUACAGUCCGAAACCUGCCCAAAACCCCAUUCGUGCCCGUAAUCAAGACGUCCCUAGUCCAUCAGUUUCCAUGCCUUCGUCCAAAACUGUUGUAAACAAGGAAAGAGUCAGGGGCGAGCAAGAGACCAUUGAAGAGAUUGUAAAUACCAAGUUUGCCAAGAUGCCUCGGAAAAUUGCACGUUAUAAGCCACCUGAAACAAAACAAAUCAUGGAAGAUUCCACCCAUAGGGGGAUUAAGGAUACGUCAGGUCAAGAAAUACCCCCAAACAGAACCAAUGAUGUUUGUCCUGAUGCUUCCAGCGCUGAAAAUCUUGUACAAAGGGAUCUUAACCAAGAACUUCUUUUUGACAGAGAAAGGAGUCUUUCAUGCAACAUGGAAGGAUCCUAUAAGCAUGAAGGACAAUUCAACUCAGGCAAACCUGGUUCUCCAAAAGGUACAAACCAGGACAGUGAACCAGUUUUCUAUUCCCUUCCGAUGACUUUUCGCAAUAACCUCCUUCAAAGGGAGAGAUAUUACUCGGAUAAAGAAGUUAACUAUAUAUUUGAGAAACUUCUAAAAGAGGAAAAAGCUGGUUAUCAACGUGGCGCAAAAAUCGAUCCAACUACCGGUAAAAUGCAGAAACCAGAGAACAGUUUCAAAGGUGAAGAUAAUUCAAGCAUCACUGAACCGAACUGCAAUGGGGAACAAAGAAGAUGCGCACAAAUUCAACAAUUAAAACAAGAAAACGUGGAAAAUUUAGGAGUCAGUCAACAGCGUCCAAAAUUUGCAUCUUCUCUUGAGUUGCACUCUCAAAAUGUUAAUGAAGCCUCAUUGCACGCACAGGAGCCUACCAAUUAUAACGUCCCAGACGAACAUGAAGUAGUGUUCCAAAACAAUCAACUCGAGAACGACGACGUACCACCACAGAACUCAUCUCCCACGAACCAAGAAAAUGCGUCGCCAUCAGUUGAAACCAGGAAGAUUGGAAUUGAUACUGGCAGAGAGGGUACCCAACUGUCACUGAGUGUAGGCAAGUCUGAAGAUGUUUCUUCAAGUUUACCAAAGUUUCAGGGGAAAACUUCCACAACAAGUAGCUCAGAUGGGCCGGGACGCACCGACAGAGACACCAGUCAUGCUGAUCCAAGCGGUUUCGUGUACCUAAGAUCAACUAAAAAUGGUCCCCAAGAUGUGGUAGACAGUCAUGGUGUGCAUGGCCAGUUUCCUGAUGAACGUAACGCACAGCCUGAACCAGCUAGGAUGGACCAAUCCGAUCAAGUCCUUCCCGAACAAAUUCGAAAUGAGCUGGUAUCCGAAGAACAACCGCUCAAUGAGGAUACGUUCCACCAGGUGCCCUACAAAAAUCCAGAAUUUUCGAAAAGGAUCAACGACACCGAUCGGCACAUAGGUCAAUCGAGUAUUUGGAUUGCAAAAGAAGAGAGUGUCCAUGCUCAAGAAUUGCAUUCUCCUAAAAUGGAAAUGGAAUCCGAAAGCCUAGAUGCUGGAUUGAAGAAUGAUGGAGAUGGAAAAUAUCUAGUACGGGUGGACGAGGCUGAUAUUUAUCAGGGAUCAGAUUCUUCCAGUUUAGGGCGAGGAGUAAUUGGAGACCCGGUUGCGACUUCCACUCCUAGGAACAGGAGGUUUAUGAUGGAGCCUAUUGCUACGUCAACACCUAAAGCUUUCGAAGAGCAUGCCCUUAAUCAAGUUGUUCCGAACCGAAGCCAGUCGAGCAGUGACGCUAUGGACAGCGAUUCUGGGAUCGCAUUUGAUCAAAAGUUGUCGGCAGCUCUGAAGAUUUUGGGCACAAGGGUAAUUGGAGAAAUCGCAUUCCAGCUGGACAGAAGAAUCUUGGAAACAGUGUUUCGACGACGCGCGUCGGCUUCAAAUGAUGAAUUGAUCAAAAAUCGAGUCUAUGGUUACACCUCCCAGAACAUCGGCGCUCUGAUAACAAAGGAAACCUUGCGAGGCGAUGGAACAAGAAAUUUGCAAAAAGAAUCUUUUUAUCGCAAGCGCCAUGAGAAGUUGCUCUAUAUCCUAAAAGAUCAUGGAUAUAACACAAUGGUGCAUGAAGAGUUUGUAAAGAAAAUGGUUGAGAAGUAUGGCACAUUAAACGCCACUCCGUCCAAAAAAGUUAUUCAAAUGUACGGACUAGAGGAACCGAAACUUUUAGAAGCACUGCUCGGGGAAGUCACCGCUGAUAAGGCAGAAUUUGUACACUCUCUCGUGCUACUGAAUUGUCUCCGUGCAAUGUCUAGUUGGGAUGGUGCAGAUGGUGGCGGUAGCCUGUUUAAAUGGUAACCUGAAAACAAAGUUGCGAAACAUUUUACGUCUUCUUCAUUUUGGUUGUCAUGUGAUGGAAUAUGACAACAAUAAGUCUAUUUUAAAUAUUUGUAUCAGAAAUGCUAAUUUGUUUGUAUUGAUAUUGAAUCUAUUAAUUUUAUGUACAUGUACAUUUAGAUGUCUAUUUUUGUGAUAACAGUGAUUGAUCGAUCAAUUGAAAAAGCAAUGGCAUAAAAUUUUACACAUUCUUAA